AUGGCGUGUCCGUGCCUCGGCGGCGGCAAGCCCAAGAAGGAGGCGUCCGUCGCGCCGGAGAAGGCGAAGGCGCCGGAGCCGCCCGCGGCCGAGCCCGUCACGGCGCAGCCCGCGGCGCCGGCGCCCGCGCCGCCGCCGGCGGCCGCGCCCGCGCCGCCGCCGGCGCCGGCCGGUCCGUGGUGGGAGGCGCCGCUGAGCGGCGUCGUGACGCGCUGCGAGGCGCGGAAGAUGCCGCCGGCGCUGCAGGAGCGCUACGCGGCCGCGGUCCUCAAGAUGCGCGAGAACAAGGACGGCGCGCCCGGCACGUCCGAGUACUUCCGGCUCGCGGUCAUGCACGGGGGCAUGCCCGAGCUCCCGCGCGCGAGCUUCCCCGAGUACUGCGUCCACGGCCAGGAGGCCUUCCCGACGUGGCACCGGCCCUACCUGCUCGACUUCGAGCGCGCGUUAAGGCGCGCGGACCUGGCGCUCGGCAACGACGGGAACAUCGGCCUGCCGUACUGGGACUGGUGCGAGCCCGAGGUCAACGGCGAGAUCCUGCCGGGCAUCGUGCGCAAAAAGCUCAUGACCGUGCCCUUCCCCGACGACUUUUUUCCGCCCGCGUACCACGAGGGCAAGAAGACGAUGAACCCGCGGUGGGCGUUCGACCCCGCGCUCGACGUCGCCGAGGAUUGGCGCAUCAAGAUGAAGCUGGACGGCGGGUCCGUGGCGCGCACGGCGGACCGGUGCCUGUCGUCGACGUUCCACGGCGCCCACGCGUGCACGUCCUGGAGCGACCACGCGAACCCGUCCGUCGAGUCGUGCCACAACUCGAUCCACAUGUACGUCGGCGGCAUCAUGGGCGGCUUCCAGAGCGCCUUCCACCCCGUCUUCUGGCUCCACCACUGCAACGUGGACCGCCUCUACGAGUCCUACCUCGCCGUCGAGCCCGACUCGGCCGCGGAGUUCGAGAAGCACCAGCGGUCGCUCGGGUCCGCGAAGAAGACGGCCGACGGGUUCCCCGAGGGGCCCUGGGGCAUCUACUGCCCCUUCACGCACCACGCCUCGGGCGAGCCCUACCACGCGAAGCACAGCUUCGACACGCCCGCGCUGGGCUUCGUCUACGACGCGCUCGCGACGCCGUCGCCGCCGCAGAUGCGCGAGAUGCCCUACUUCGCGACGUUCCCGGCCAUCGACGUCACGAAGCUCGAGCUCGGGCCCUGCUCGCUGCACGUCUACGUCGUCAAAGCCGGCGACGCCUUCGCGGCGCCCGCGGGCGACGACAAGGCGCUCCUGGAGGCGCCGGGCUACGCGGGCUCCUGCGACGUCUUCUUCAUCGACAACCCGGCCGGCUGCGCGAACUGCGCGACGCGGCCGCCCUUCGACGAGCACGUCGACGUCACGGCCGCGCUCCGGGCCCUGGACCUCCGGCCCAGGGACGUCGCGCUCCACGUGCUCGUCACGUUCCCCCGCGGCGGCGACGCGAAGCCCGCGGCGGACGUGCCGGGCGUUCCGACGCCCGUUUUGAAGGGCCCGCGCCUCGCGUCCAUGGAGAAAUCCGUCAAGGAGGGCGACGCGGACGACGACGCGGCCGAGGUGCUGAAGCUCCUGGGGAAGGAGCCCGGCGCGGGCUUCACGGCCGAGGUGUCCGACGAGGUCAGGAAGAUCCAGCGGGCCGCGGGCUUGGUCGACGACGGCGUCGUCGGGCCCAAGACGAAGCCGCUCCUGCUGAACAACUUCCACGGCGACGAUCUGGCGCCCGAGGGCGCGGCGUCGUGGAAGCCGGGCGACACCGUCGGCUGGACCAUCGAGCUCGACACCGUGCCGCCGUCGCUCGACGCCGCGGCGCUCGGCGAGGUCGCCGCGGCGCAGUUCGCCAAGUGGUCCGCGGCGACGGGCAUCGCCUUCGCCCGCGACGACGCGGCGCCGAAGCUCACGCUCGCCUGGAAGCUCACGUCGAACAAGGACGUCGCCUUCUCCGACGGCCCCGGGGGACAGCUCGCGAACGCGACGCUCGAGACCAUCGUCUUCGACAAGGCCGAGAAGUGGGAGCUCGACGGCCGCCCGCACCCGCGCCGCAAGUUCGACGGCGAGCCGGGCUUCUUCGACCCCUACUUCAAGGUCGCGCCCGUCCUGCUCCACGAGAUCGGCCACGUCCUCGGCCUCGACCACUCCUCGGACCCCAGCGACGUCAUGGCGCCCUACUACAUGGCCUCCAAGCUCGAGCUCACGGACGCCGACGUCGCCAAGGCCAAGGCGAAGCUCGGCGCCUAG